AUGGCCCGAGUGGUGAGGAGAGCUGCGUCGGCUUCGGCCAGGCGCGCCCCCAGUCGGGCAGUUCACAGGAGAGCUCGAAGGCACAAAGUGAUCAUGGAGUCUGUCACUCAGGAAAAGAAGAAGCUUCGGAGUAUUAUCUCUUUCGAGGCACAAGCACCAAGUGGUUAUACAUUCAUUCCGGCCGGUAAUCCACAUAUCACCACGGCUUGUAAAGAACGAUGUCGAAAGGAAGGCCUCGAUAUUUUUGCCGUCUCGACCACCCCACAUAUGCAUAUACACAAUCUUUCUCAGCAUGUACACCGGAUAGGUUACCAUUUCCCCAGCACCGUGGUCGCUGUCGCCUGCUCGGAGUUGGGUCUGUAUCUUACUAACACGGGGAAGGCGGUUCCCAUUCAUGGGAUUGGGACGACGGAAAACCUCGCACGGGCUAACUCAGAGUCUCAAAUCACAAUCAACACCGAGGCGAGGGACGCUAUUAGGGACCUCUUCCCUAACAUUCCCGACAAGGAUCUGAACCAAAUCAUCAAGACAGCGUUUCAAAAGGGUCAACGGAAAGUUGGGACCGCUUCUGAGUUGCCUCUGGCUCGCAGAGCUCAGCUCGCUGUAGUGGCACACAUCCGUCAUCUCUAUACCGACUACGAUCGUCUUCUCAAGACGACGUCAUUCCAUGAGGCUAGGACCGCAGUCGAACAAACCACCCUAGCCAAGGUAAUUGAAUGGCGAGGAGACGAUGAGAAUGGCCAAACGGUUCUCGAGGACGUCUUCCGCGAGGUGAUUGUCAUAUCCGAUGAUGAGGACAGUGAAACAGAAGAAGACAUGGCCCCGGCAAUAUGUAAUCGGGAACUCAGCGUGGAGGUCCUUUCAAGAAAUGCCCGCGGAGAUGAGAUACAGACUCAGCCGGUGACCAACCUGAAAUCCUUCAUCCAGGAUCCUUCACGAGAAUUAUCCGAGGAGGCACCGCCUGGGUUUCGGUUCGUGCCAAGGAUGCCAGCCAAAAACACCAUCGAUCGCCGAGGAUUUAGCAGAUACCAAGCGUGGAACCGCGCUCUCCAUCGGUAUAGAGCUGGAGCACACGGCGCAGAGCAGUCCAGGUUUGGUAGUACCCUGGCGGAAGACUGCAGUCCGCGGCACGCCACACGACAUGUCGCUGUUCCCAAAUCAACGGAUUCUACUAGGCGUCCACAUGCCGAGGUUUCUCCACGAGUCAUUCCGGGCCCAGCCAAUAUUGACAACCAGGUACAUCGAGUGCUCCCAGUUCCAGUCAUGGAUCGACGGCCCAGCGAGAGGCCUGUAGGUGUCCCGGAGAUCCAUAUUGCUUCGACCGGGCAGCGGAAACUUCCAAAUCAUGGGUUCAAUGCAAGGCCCGGACUAACCACUAUGGAUCCACGUGAGGUACAUUCCGCAGAGGGGGGUCGUACGAAGAACGGAAAUGUCGUUUACUCGCAGGGUCUUCCUUCCACAGAAAAAGGCUUCGAUCCUCGGACUGAAAGACCCCCAGUUUCAUCAGAUGUCAUUGCGAACGCACCUGUGUUCGUGAGCGGACCCAAGGAGCAGUACCGCAGUAAUGAAGGCUCAUGUGGGCACCGACCAGAACCUGUCAUUCCCCAUGCCUCCAGAUCAGGACUGAACCCCCAGGAAUAUGUGUUACCAUCAAUUGAAAAUCCCUGGCCCUCAGAUAACCGGCACGUGGAUGGCCGCUUGGAACAUUUGACCAAGAGAAUGACACUCCGUUCGGUCACUCCAGGCUGUUCCCAAAGAAAUGCCAUCGAGCUAGACAGCCCCAGCGACCAGACUUCCAAAAGAAGACGCUUGGCAUAUCAUGGCGUAGCUCGUCGCGAUACUGGUCCAGAUCCCCGGAGUGCGAGGCCUAUUGGGCUUUCUGUUUCCGAAGGAUUGGAACCACGAGGGCAAUAUCGCCGUGUCCAGUUCGUGCCAGAGCAUCGCCCGCAGGAUGAGGUUGCUUUCCAUCAAGACUAUCCCCCGCCAGGGGAACAGCCUCCUCUCGUAGGAUACCGAGAGAGGAACCCUGAGUUUUGUGCCCUUCCUCCCCUCAUCAAUCUAGAUACCAGGCCAACACUGGAGCGGAAGCGCACCUGCGAUAUACUUGAACAUGUUCCUCAUCCUCACCCCGGGCUUCCUGGAGCCAGCUUCAUGGGCUUGGAAGGUGACCGCGCCUUCAGGGCUGCACCGGAUGUCUCCAAUCCAGGAGGCCGACAUGUUUAUCAUGGUAAUCGUAGUCCCCGUUUGAACGGUGCCUGGCUCGGGAGAGAAGAACCACGAGCCUCUACGUGGCGCAACCACAUUGAUGGUGGCCGCCUGGCAGAUGACCUUCCUCCAAGCAGAAAACUCUAUGCCGAUGGCUUCGUUCGUGCUGUUGGCGCCCGCGAGUCCCGUCCAAUCGAGUACGCUCGACCUUCAAGGCCCGAAGGCCUCCGUGCUGGGGAAAGUCGCGGUCAACCCCGGACUAGGGCCCCUGAUGAACUUCCUUUGGUCCAGCCUUUGUCGGCCCAGCAGGGCCUACUUCCUUUGGGUAUGCGAGGCACUCGCGCCCCUCUGGAUCAUAUCCCCAGUCACCUCGAGGCAGUUCCCGGGAAUCCCCAGCCUGUAUCCACGGCCCCAGUCCAUCGUGAUAGACGUAUGGGCGGGCUCGAACCUCCGUGGCACUUUCACGAUCCUCACCCCCGGCCCGUGGAGCCAAACCGUCCAGUCUACGUGAAACGAGUUGAGCCCCAUCCGCCCUACUCUGUUGCCGACGGAAGGCCUGUCAUUGUUGUCGAUUGA